AUUUUUUAUUUUUAUUUUGUACUAUAUACUUUAUAAAUUUAUUCUCAACCUUAUUUAUCAAAACUACUUUUAAUACCCACUCCACGCAGCAGAGCCAUUUCACAAGUAUUAAAAUACAUCUUUUUCACCCACACACAUACGCAAAUACGCACACACUGGUAAAAAAACAGCGUACUCUAUUCAGCACAAUGUUACAAUUAUCUAGACUUUGUUGCUUAGUGACAGCUAUGACUAUAUUACAGUCAGUCUUUGGUACGGAUUUGCGACUCAGUAGACGUGACAUUGAUAUAUCGACCAUCACCGAAUACAGGGCAGCCAUACUGCUUAUCGACGGAAGUCAGACGUCAUGCGAGGCCGCACUCAUGGACAGCAGUGCAGCAUUUGUUGCAGCGAGCUGCCUUCAAUACACUGAUGGCAACUUGGACAUGUCAAAAAAUUAUGAGGUGGCGGUCAAAAUGGGAAGCGGAAGCACAAACUCGCAGAGGUACUCUAUUUCAAAAAUUGACGUUCAUCCGAGCUACAACGCAACAACAUUUAUCAACAACCUGGCUGUAGUUCAGUUCAAUACGGACUCAGCAAUCGAUUGGCAAACGUAUAUUGGCGUUAACCCGGACGAAUGGGAUAAUAGAUAUUUUGCAAGAAGGUCGCUUGUGGACACUUCAAACCUAGCUUGGAACAACAUCAUUGCAUUCUCCACUACGACUACUCCCAGCGACUGUGCCAAGGCCUCAAAGACUUACAAUGAAAAUAAGGGAGACUUUUUGUGCAACUAUGCCGCCUCGUUGUCGACCGUCAACCGUGACUGUAAGAUGCCUUACGGUGUGGUCUAUGGCAUAGUCCAGCCAGACGAUUCUGGGAUAAUUGCAAUCCACUCACACACAUCAAUCUAUGGAGAUAGCUUGUGUUCUUCUGAUAAAAAGCUUCACUACUACACGCUUCUGCGCAACUACAUUGCAUGGGCCGCCCGGGUUAUUGGCCGCUCAGUUGGUGGAUUCACCAUAGACACAAGCUACACCAUGCCACUGAACUAUAACUACAGCAUGACUAAUGUCCCUUCAGACAGUGUUUCCGGCGUGAAAGUGUUUUCGGGAAACAGAUAUGCGCAGGAUCCUGUCAAUCCCGCACUAGCCGAGGCAAUUAAAUCGUAUCCAGCUAAAUCCACAGCAGUUUCAACGAGCAAUACCACUACUUUGGUUAAAAUAACUUCGGCUGCUGCCAUCACCUCUCCGACGGCUGCAUCUUUGACUACAACACCAGCCGUACAAGAAAUUGGUGCUACCACUACAAAUGAUUCAAGCACCACUGCUUUUCCAGCUUCCAAUGCAGCAUCUAUAACUGUAGGGUCAUUGGAAUCAAGUAACUCUAAUACUUUGGUCGCGUCAUCGUCAUUGUCAUCGUCACCAUCUAAAUCUGAAUCCGAAGAUAGUGCUGGCAACAGUGCGUCAUCACCUACUGGUGCUCAAUCCUCAUUAUCUUCCAAGGGUAUUAGCGACGACGACGAGAAUAUAGCCACGGAGCUGAUUGAAAGUACCAACUCCACGCAAAAAACAAGCACUGGCAAUGCAAGCUCAAGUUCCACUAGCAAAGCAGGCAACUUUGCCAUUGGGCCUAGUGAAUCAGAAAAUGCAGUCUUAAACCCCAGCCAGAGCGCUUCAGACGACAGUGGAAGCAGCGCCAAUGUCAUUACCAAUAAAACGAGCGAGAACAACGAGGAAGCGCCCGGCUCAACUCGCACCAUUAUAAUUGCAGUCGCUGCUGUGGCUUUGCUUGGGGCUGUUGGUGGUGGUAUCUGGUUCUUCUACAGAAGACGCAAACUUAAUCGGGAGCUGGAGCAUGAAUCCAUUAUUGAUAAGAACGGGUGGAACUCUGAGAGGAACUCUCUCGGCUCCAAUUACCUUCGCCCGCCUGGUGCCACUACCGGCCAGUAUCAGCCUGGCUUAAUGCAGAACGACCGUAUCUCCGGGUUCUCCCAGAAUGACGGAAACUACCAUGGAAAUAACGGGUACAAUGAUCAGCGCGUUGACAGUGGCAAUAACUAUGGACCAGGUAAGUACGGUAAAGCUCCAAAUACAGGUUACGACAACUAUGAGGAUUACCCGUAUAUCCAGAACCACAGCAGCGGCAACAUUAACAAUGUAUAUGCACAAGAUAUUGGCCAGUCUUCAAAUUACCAUACUGAUAUGUGGGCCCAGCAGUCAAGGUAUGAGUCAGGCUACGGCCAGAACUAUUAGUCAAUUAUUAAGAAAAACAAAUAUUUAAAUUCAUAAUAAAACAAGGCUAUAUUUGCAUAAU